CAUGCCCGCAGGAGGGCGCUGUGCGGACGGACCCGGGAGCGCGCACAUGGAGGAAGAUACACCAUCUAAACUACACUACAAAAUACUACAAACCUGGGUGCAAUAAUCGUCAGACAUAUCGCCAAAACGGGUGCUGGGUAAAUCUGCUCAGGUGAAUGUGGAAAGAUGAGGAUUGUCUUUAGGCAGACUGUUUGUGCUGUGAGAUGCUUUCCCCGCAGACUUUACAGUGAAGGAAGACCACCGGCCCCUUUAGGAGCCAGAAUCCUCACCAACCCUGAUGACAUCUUUCAGCAUAACAUGUGGGAUCAUGUGCAGUGGACUGAGGAUGAGAGAGAACGAGCCCAGCAGAAAGCAGAGGAAAACUCUAAAUACAAGAUUCCCGUAGAAGAGCAAACAAAAUACGACAAAGACGCAAAUAAAUAUUGGGACAGAUUUUACGAGAUGCACCACAGCAAGUUCUUCAGAAACCGUAGCUGGCUCUUCACCGAAUUCCCAGAGCUACUUCCUCCAGACGCUUGUAUCCCAGAGAAAGAGCAGGGCAGUUUGGGGCACGUGCGUUUAGAGUCUAAGGAUAAAGAAAAACAUCAGCAGUGCUAUUCCUGUCCUGAAACAAGUGACUCAUUCCCUGGACAACAUGCUUCCUUUCGAAUACUAGAGGUAGGCUGUGGUGCAGGUAACAGUGUGUACCCCAUUAUCAACACCAUCAGGGGAAGUAAGGCAUUCCUGUACUGUUGUGACUUCUCAUCUCGAGCCAUUGAGCUUGUCCAGAAGCACCCAGACUAUGAGCCUGCAGUGUGUCAUGCAUUUGUGCGGGACAUCUGUGACACAACAUCCCCGUUUCCUUUCCCUCCUGGGAGUCUGGACAUUAUUCUGGUGGUCUUUGUGCUCUCUGCUAUCCACCCAGAACGAGCUCAAAGUGUGGUGAAUAACUUGGCCGGAUACCUGAAACAGGGAGGAAUCAUGCUAUUUAGAGACUAUGGAAGAUAUGAUCUGUCACAACUGAGAUUUAAAAAAGGCCAGUGUUUGUCUGACAAUUUCUAUACACGACAAGAUGGAACCUGUGUGUAUUUCUUCACAAAAGCUGAGGUCCAUAAUUUGUUCACAAAUGCUGGCUUGGAAGAGCUUCAGAAUUUAGAAGACAGAAGACUGCAGGUCAACAGAGGAAAGAAGGUGGUGAUGCACAGAGUGUGGAUGCAAAGCAAAUACCGGAAACCUUAUCUGCUUUCAACAUCUGUCUAGAUGACAUCAUUGAGCACAUGAAAGUAGGGCUAAAGGCCUUGUCAUGAAAACACAAGACUUUAUCUUGAAUAAAUGUUCAAGAGGAAACUAUUAAAACAUCCAGCAGGUAAUACAGAUGCCAAUAAAUCUGAAGCAGUUGCUUCUUUUUUAUAUUUUGCUCUCUUCUAGAGGAAGUCAGAGAACAGACAUUGUUUUCGGGAAAGAACUGACAUCCCACAUUUUAAAGGGGACAUUUCACAAUAAUUUUUUAAGAUGUCAAAUAAAUCUUUGGUGUCCCCAGAGUAUAUGUGAAGAUUUAGCAUAAAAUAUCAUAUAGAUCAUUAUAACAUGUUAAAAUUGUCACAUUGUAGGUGUGUGCAAAAAUUUGCUGUUUUGGGUGUGUCCUUUAACAUGCAAAUGAGCUGAUCUCUGCACUAAAUAGCAGUGCCAUGGUUGGAUAGUGCAGGUUAAGGGGUGGUAUUAUCCCCUUCUGACAUCACCAGGGGAUUAAAUACUGUUGAAAGACUGGAGCCGUAUAAAAUGUUUAAAUAAGCAUUGUUAGAGAAAUAAAUGACACAUAAAAUACUUACCAGAUGUUAUAUACUACAUUUUUAUAACAUUCACACAUGCAUUGUAAUACGUUUUUUUUUUCAUAAACUGUUCUGAUAUUUUAUUUGUAAUGUUAUAAUUAUGUGUACUAAUGGACAUUUUUGAUAAAACUUUUUGUCACUACAAA